UCGACCUCCCUAUAAAAUACAAACCUAAAACCCUCUCAAAACUGUAUCUCCCACUUUCAGACUAAACCCUAACUUUUUUCGUAGACCUAGGGAAGUCACUAACAAGGGAGACUAGCAACCAUGAGGCCGCCAAUGACCAGAGGACGUGGUGGUGGUGGAUUUAGAGGAAGAAGUGAUGGAGGAGGUAGAGGAGGAGGAAGAAGUUUCGGUGAUGGAGGUCGUGGUGGUAGAGGAGGUCGUGGUGGAGAUAGAGGAAGGGGUGGUGGUCGUGGUAGAGGAGGAGGUCGUGGUGGUGGACGUGGUGCUGGUGGAAUGAAAGGUGGAAGCAAAGUUAUUGUAGAACCACAUAGACAUGAAGGUGUUUUUAUUGCCAAGGGUAAAGAAGAUGCUCUUGUUACUAGGAAUAUGGUUCCUGGGGAAGCUGUAUAUGGUGAAAAGAGGGUCUCAAUUCAGAAUGAAGACGGAACAAAGAUUGAAUACAGAGUCUGGAAUCCUUUCAGAUCUAAGCUUGCUGCUGCUAUUCUUGGUGGUGUUGAUAACAUUUGGAUUGUUCCAGGAGCUAGGGUUCUAUAUCUUGGGGCAGCUUCAGGAACUACUGUCUCUCAUGUCUCCGACCUUGUUGGACCAACUGGAGUGGUGUAUGCUGUUGAGUUUUCACACAGAAGUGGAAGAGAUCUAGUUAACAUGGCAAAGAAGAGAACAAAUGUUAUUCCCAUCAUUGAAGAUGCUAGGCAUCCUGCUAAAUACAGGAUGUUAGUUGGCAUGGUUGAUGUCAUUUUCUCCGAUGUUGCCCAACCUGACCAGGCUAGAAUCUUAGCUCUGAAUGCUUCGUAUUUCCUCAAGAACGGAGGUCACUUUGUGAUAUCAAUCAAGGCAAACUGUAUUGAUUCUACAGUUCCAGCUGAGGCAGUCUUUGCCCAAGAAGUGAAGAAACUGCAGCAGGACCAGUUCAAACCAUCUGAGCAGGUUACUCUUGAGCCCUUUGAGCGUGACCAUGCUUGUGUUGUUGGUGGUUACAGAGUGCCCAAGAAGCAAAAGGCCUAGGACCGGCAAGAAUCUAGUGUUUUUUGUUUAUUAGACUACAAACCUUGUUUUUAGAUUUUUAUCUUGUAUCUGAAUUAUUAAUGAGUUCAUAUAGUUUUGAUCCUUAUCCUGAAAUAUUUCAAGCAUGUUUUGCUUAGUAAUUGAAUCAUUCCUACAAAA